UUCUCCUCCUUGAGCUGUAGCAGGUUUAUGAUAAUGAGAGGGAGCCCACCGAGGCAGAGGCACUUGCAGGAGCCAUUUUGAGCGGCUAUUCUCUGCAGCUGCUGUGUCUUUAGUUUUUCUCUCCAUCGACUCUCCACUUUUGUCCAGACGAGGUAUGGGACGCCGGAGGAGCGCGCGCUCGUGAUGGGACAGCCGUGUCCUGGAGCGCUGCCCGCCCUGCCCUGGGCGCUGCUGCCUGUCGGCUGCCUCCUCACCCUGGCCGUGCUGUCCGACGCCUACACCGUACACCUGAGCGAGGCGGCGGAGCCCGGCACCGUGCUGCACAGCCUGGCUGCCGGCCGCACCUGCACCCUAGAGCAGGUUGUGGCCCCACGCUUCACGCAACGUUUCCUCCGAACGGACCCGCUGGAGGGUCGCGUUCACAUCACACAGCGGCUGAACUGCGCCAGGCUUCCUCGCAACCCGUUUACGGUGUACACCGCCGCCGACUGCAGGGACGCUGCUCGUCCGGAGUUUAGCCACUUGGUGACUGGUCGCUACGAGAUACACGUCCAUGGCGCUGGGUGCACUGCCAGAUCGCGAGGCGGGCAGACCAUGCGGGAUAUGGAUGUCCUCAGUCUGCGGACGGACGCCAAAUCGCACACCGCCUGCUUUGCGGCGAGGGAGUCGUUGUUCAGGAUCGUUGACUUCCUACCGCCGGUGUCCAAAGAGCACUGCGCCCUUCGCUGCCAAGUGUCUGGUAGCCGGCAAUUCCAUUACGGCGGCGGCUCGCUGCGAGCAUCCGAAGCUCUGUGUCUGCAGCGUGGCAGCUUCGCCGAGAUGGAUCUGCGGUGCGACAGGUGCCAGGUGACCGUCUCCAUGCACCUGCGGCUGGGUCUGGGCUCCUUUACACAGCAUCGCUUGGAGAGAAUUUUGGAAAGCGCGGCCCACUCUGAGACAGGACUGGCCAGUCGUGCCAAGCGGAACGUCAACAGCAGCCCCCAGUUCCAGCCCCCCAUGUAUCAGGUAUCCGUGCCGGAAAACAAGCCAGCUGGCACAGCUGUGGUGGUGGUGAAGGCUACUGAUCCAGACGAAGGGGAGGCUGGCCGACUGGAGUACUCCAUGGAUGCGCUGUUUGACAGCAGGUCUAACAGUUUGUUCACUGUGGAUCUUCAUAGUGGGACAGUUAGUACAGCUGAACUACUGGACAGAGAAACUAAAGACACCCAUGUGUUCCGAGUCACAGCAAUUGAUAAUGGUGUGCCCAGAAGGACUGCAAUGGCCACCCUGACGAUUACUGUUAGUGACACUAAUGAUCACGACCCGGUGUUUGAACAGCUGGAUUACAAAGAGAGUGUGAGGGAAAAUUUGGAAAUUGGUUAUGAAGUUCUGACUGUCAGAGCCACUGAUGGGGAUGCUCCAGCUAAUGCCAACAUACUGUACAGAAUCCUCAAUAACAAUGGCACCAAUGUAGUUUUUGAAAUCGACUCCAGGUCGGGGGUCAUCCGCACCAAAGGUCUAGUGGACAGGGAAACAGUUGAUUCAUAUCAGCUGGUAGUGGAAGCCAAUGACCAGGGCCGUGACCCGGGGCCCCGUAGUUCCACCGCCACAGUUUCCAUCAUGGUGGAGGAUGAUAAUGACAAUGCUCCCCAGUUUAGUGAAAAACGGUAUGUUGUGCAAGUCCCAGAAGAUGUGGCCCCAAAUACAGAGAUCCUGCAGGUGACAGCCACAGACAACGAUAAGGGCAACAAUGCACUGGUCCACUUCAGCAUCGUGAGUGGUAAUGCCCGUGGACAUUUUUACAUUGAUGCCCAAAGUGGUAAAAUGGAUGUGGUUGGUCAGUUGGACUAUGAGGCCAACAAGGAAUUUAAUCUUCUGAUUCGAGCACAGGAUGGAGGCAGGCCCCCGUUGUCAAAUGUCAGUGGACUUGUGACCGUUCAAGUACUGGACGUUAAUGACAAUGCUCCAAUUUUUGUUAGCACCCCUUUUCAGUCUACUGUUCUGGAGAAUGUACCGAUUGGCUACUCUGUUAUCCAUAUUCAAGCAAUUGAUGCUGAUUCUGGAGAGAACUCACGCUUGGAAUAUAAGCUUAUUGAAAUGGCCCCAAAUUUCCCUUUUACCAUCAACAAUAACACUGGAUGGAUUGUGGUGGCUGCAGAACUUGACAGAGAGAUGGUGGACUUCUAUACAUUUGGGGUGGAGGCUAAGGAUCAUGGCCUGCCUCCCAUGUCCUCUUCUGCCAGCGUAAGCAUCACCAUUUUGGAUGUCAAUGACAACAAUCCAGAAUUUACCCAGAAGUUCUACAGCAUACGUUUAAAUGAAGAUGCUGCUGUGGGCACAAGUGUGGUUACCGUAUCGGCAGUGGACAGAGAUGUCAACAGUGUGGUCACCUAUCAGAUUUCCAGUGGCAACACCAGGAAUCGCUUCUCCAUUACUAGUCAAAGUGGCGGUGGCCUGAUCACUCUUGCCCUGCCUCUGGAUUAUAAACUUGAACGACAGUACUUUCUCACCAUAACUGCUUCUGACGGAACCAGAUUUGAUACUGCUCAGGUCCACGUUAAUGUCACAGAUGCCAAUACUCAUCGCCCUGUCUUCCAGAGCUCCCACUACACAGUAAACAUCAAUGAGGACCGGCCGAUUGGCACCACCGUGGUUGUCAUCAGUGCAACUGAUGAAGACACAGGUGAGAACUCCAGAAUUACAUACAUCAUGGAAGACAGCAUCCCUCAGUUUAGGAUAGACCCCGACUCUGGAGCCGUCACCACCCAGAUGGAACUAGACUAUGAGGACCAGGUGUCGUACACAUUGGCAAUUACUGCUAAAGACAAUGGUAUUCCCCAAAAAUCUGAUACCACCUAUUUGGAGAUUCUUGUGAAUGAUGUUAAUGACAACACACCCCAUUUCCUUAGAGAAAUUUAUGUGGGGACCGUGUAUGAGGAUGUGCCAAUUUUCACCAGUGUUGUCCAGGUUUCAGCCAUUGAUCGUGAUUCUGGCUUGAAUGGCAGAGUGUAUUACACGUUUCAGGGUGGCGAUGAUGGGGAUGGGGACUUCAUAAUUGAGUCAACUUCAGGCAUUGUGAGGACACUGCGCAGGCUUGACAGGGAAAACAUGCCAACAUAUGAGUUAAAAGCUUUUGCAGUAGACAAGGGGCUCCCUCCCUUAAAAACGCCCAUCGAUAUUCAAGUCACCGUACUUGACGUUAACGACAACCCUCCUGUUUUUGAGAAAGAUGAGUUUGACAUUCUUGUGGAGGAGAACAGCCCAAUAGGACUGGUUGUGGCCAGAAUCACUGCCUCAGACCCUGAUGAGGGGACAAAUGCUCAGAUCAUGUACCAGAUUGUUGAAGGUAAUAUCCCAGAAGUCUUUCAGCUUGAUAUCUUCUCCGGGGAGCUGACCGCUCUUGUGGAUCUGGAUUAUGAAGCAAAGUCCGAAUAUGUGAUUGUGGUGCAGGCCACAUCCGCCCCAUUGGUCAGUCGGGCCACUGUCCAUAUCAAACUGAUUGAUAAGAAUGACAACGUUCCAGUCCUUAAGAACUUUGAGAUCAUUUUUAACAAUUAUGUCACCAACAAAUCCAGCAGCUUUCCUAGUGGGGUGAUUGGUCGCAUUCCUGCGUAUGACCCAGAUGUCUCGGAUACUCUUUACUACAGUUUUGAGCGAGGCAAUGAACUUAACUUGAUCUUUCUAAAUGAAACAACAGGCGAGAUUCGGCUGAGCAGCUCUCUGGAUAACAACAGGCCCCUGGAAGCUGUCAUGCUUGUUUCAGUGUCAGAUGGCAUCCACAGUGUGAGGGCCCAGUGCACUCUCCAGGUCACCAUCAUCACGGAUGAAAUGCUUUCUAACAGUAUCACCUUGAGACUAGCCAACAUGUCCCAGGAACGCUUCUUAUCUCCACUGCUGGGCCUUUUCUUGGAUGGUGUAGCUAUGGUGCUGUCCGCUGCUAAAGAAGACAUUGUCAUCUUCAACAUCCAGAAUGACACAGAUGUCCGUGCUAACAUACUGAAUGUGAGCUUGUCCGUGUUGCUGCCACGUCAGAGCAGUGCUGAGCUGACCGAAAAGUUCUUCAGCUCAGAAGACCUGCAGGAACGCCUCUACCUAAACCGCAGCCUGUUGACACUCAUUUCCACACAGCGUGUGUUGCCUUUUGAUGAUAACAUCUGCUUGCGUGAGCCCUGUGAGAACUACAUGAAGUGCGUGUCUGUUCUGAAGUUUGACAGCUUGGCUCCCUUCAUUACUUCUGACACCAUCCUCUUUCGUCCUAUUCAUCCCAUCAAUGGCCUACGCUGUCGAUGUCCCACUGGCUUCACAGGGGAUUACUGUGAGACUGAAAUAGACCUUUGCUACUCCAACCCAUGUAGAAACAAUGGCGUGUGUCGCAGUCGUGAGGGGGGCUUCACCUGCGAGUGUCCUGAGGAAUUCACUGGGGAGCAGUGUGAAGUGAACUCUCGCUCAGGGCGCUGUACGAUGGGAGUGUGCAAGAAUGGUGGAACGUGCGUUAACCUGCUGGUGGGGGGCUUCAAAUGUGAUUGCCCUCCUGGGGAGUAUGAGAAACCUUAUUGCGAGAUGACCACACGCAGCUUUCCAGCUCAGUCCUUUAUCACCUUCAAAGGUCUACGUCAGCGGUUCCAUUUCUCCAUCUCUCUCACAUUUGCAACAAAAGAGCGAAGUGGCCUGCUGCUGUACAAUGGACGCUUCAAUGAAAAGCAUGAUUUCAUUGCUUUGGAAAUAAUCAAUGAGCAGGUCCAGUUAACCUUCUCAGCAGGAGAAUCAACAACAACUGUAUCUCCAUUCAUACCUGGAGGCGUCAGUGAUGGCCAGUGGCACGUUGUUCAACUGCAAUACUAUAACAAGCCAAUCAUUGGGAAGUCUGGCAUCCCCCAAGGUCCCUCUGAUCAGAAGGUUGCUGUGGUGACAGUGGAUGACUGUGACACAUCCGUGGCACUCCGAUUUGGCCACAUCCUUGGGAAUUACACCUGUUCUGCCCAGGGGAUGCAGUCUGGAUCAAAGAAGUCCUUAGACCUCACAGGUCCACUUCUCCUUGGUGGUGUCCCCAACUUGCCAGAGGACUUUCCAAUUCAGACCCACGAGUUUGUCGGCUGCAUGAAGAAUCUUUAUAUUGACAACAAACAGAUUGACAUGGCUGAUUUCAUUGCAAACAACGGCACAGUGCCAGGAUGCUCAGCAAAACGUCACUUUUGCAGCACAAACACAUGUAAAAAUGGAGGUACCUGUGUCAACAAGUGGGACACAUUCAGCUGCGAGUGCCCACUGGGAUAUGGAGGAAAGAACUGCGAACAAGUGAUGGCUAGUCCACAGCGCUUUCAGGGAAACAGCCUGGUGACCUGGUCUAAUCUUGCGUCAACCAUCACUUUGCCUUGGUACAUUGGAAUUAUGUUCCGCACUCGCCAGGCCAAUGGGAUUCUCCUUAGGGCCGUUGCUGAGCAACAGUCUACCAUCAGUCUGCAGCUAAGCGAGGGGAACAUCUUUUUAGCCCUGUAUAUUGGAAGUAGAAGUGUCUCCUCUUUAAGGCUGGACCAGGUGAAGGUCAAUGAUGGAGACUGGCAUUAUCUGCAAGUUGAACUGAAAAGCACACAAGAGGAUUCAGACUCAAAAUACCAGGCCAUCAUUUAUUUUGACUAUGGGCUGCACCAGGCAAAUACUGAGAUUGAUGCUGAGUUUCCAGGGCUAAAACUGAACACUGUGAGCGUGGGCGGUAUGGCAGGAGAUAACGGCAGUGUUCUUCACGGCUUCAGAGGAUGCAUGCAGGGUGUGCGCAUCGGUGAGACAUCAGCCAGUGCAGUGGCACUAAACUUGAAUCAGGCGGAGAAAGUGAAUGUGGAGCGUGGCUGCAGCCUUCCAGACCCUUGUGACUCCAACCCCUGUCCAGCUAAUAGCUACUGCAAUGAUGACUGGGACAGCUAUUCCUGCAGCUGCGAUCCAGGCUACUAUGGGGAGAGUUGCAUGGACGUGUGUGAUGUAAAUCCCUGUGAACACCACUCAUCCUGUACACGCAAGCCAAGCUCCUCUCAUGGGUACAUUUGUGAGUGCUCUGGAAACUUCUUAGGGCAAUACUGUGAGAAUAAGAUUGAUCAGCCCUGUCCAAAGGGAUGGUGGGGUCACCCAAUGUGUGGACCAUGCAGCUGUCAGAUUGAGAAAGGUUUCGAUCCUGAUUGCAAUAAGACAAGUGGACAUUGCCGGUGCAAGGAGAACCACUACCAGCCACUGGGAAACGACACCUGCUAUCCUUGUGACUGCUAUCCUACAGGCUCCUUCUCUCGCAACUGUGACUUGGAAAGUGGGCAGUGUCAGUGCAAGCCAGGGGUCAUAGGGCGCAAGUGUGAUCAGUGUGACAACCCAUUUGCAGAAGUAUCCAUGAAUGGCUGUGAAGUGAUCUAUGACAGCUGUCCUCGAGCUAUGGAGGCAGAGAUUUGGUGGCCCCGGACCAAGUUUGGACUCCCUGCUGCAGUUCCCUGCCCAAAAGGAUCAAUAGGUACAGCAAUCAGACACUGUGAUGAGCACAAGGGCUGGCUGCCACCGAAUCUUUUCAACUGCACUUCUGUCACUUUCUUGGAACUGAAGCAUUUUUCUGACAAGCUGUCACGCAAUGAGUCAUUCCUGGAUGCUGUAAAGUCCCGGCAAAUGGCAAUGAUGUUACAGAAUGCCAGCCAGCACACAGCUGUAUAUUUUGGCAGUGAUGUAAAAGUUGCAUAUCGACUCAUCGACAGAAUCCUCAAGUAUGAAAAUCUACAGGAAGGCUUUGGUCUGGCGGCCACCCAAGAUGUGCAUUUCAAUGAGAAUCUGUUCAGAGUUGGCAGUUCUCUCCUGAACCUAAAGAACAAAGCUCACUGGGAUUUGAUCCAAAACACUGAAGGUGGUACAGCACAACUCCUACGGCAUUAUGAAGACUAUGCCAAUAUACUGGCCCAAAACAUGAAGAAAACUUAUCUCAGCCCCUUUACCAUUGUCACCCCAAAUAUUGUGAUCUCAGUGGACCGCUUAGACAAGAUGAACUUUGGAGGUGCCAAAUUGCCCAGAUAUGAAGCUUUGAGAGGGGCCAAGCCUAUAGACGUGGAUACAUCUGUGACACUGCCAGACUCUGUCUUCAAACCUGCAGAGACUAAAACAUCCAGAAUCACAGAAGCCCAUAUCAAGGAAGAUAACAGAACGAUGAAUAGGAAAAGAAGGCACCCUGACCUUUCUGGGCAAGAGGCCAUAGCUAGUGUCAUCAUUUACCAGACUUUAGCUACACUUCUACCUGAACAGUAUGAUACAGACAAGAGGAGUCUGAGGGUCCCAAAAAGGCCAGUGAUCAAUACACCAGUGGUCAGUAUAUCCAUCCACGACAAUGAGGAGCGCUUGCAACAUAUACUGGAUAAACCAAUUACCGUGCAGUUUCGGCUUUUUGAGACAGAGGAACGGUCAAAGCCCAUCUGUGUUUUCUGGAACCAUUCCAUUCCAAUUGGAGGCACAGGUGGGUGGUCAGCUAAAGGAUGCGAGGUGGUCUUUCGCAAUCAGAGCCACAUUAGCUGCCAGUGUAAUCACAUGACAAGCUUUGCAGUGCUCAUGGAUGUGUCCCAUCGAGAGAAUGGAGAAAUCCUGCCCCUCAAAAUGAUCACUUAUGCCACUGUGGCAGUGACCCUUGGUAGCCUCUUUCUGACCUUUGCCAUCCUUGUCCUGCUGCGCUCCUUGAACUCCAAUCAGUCGAGCAUCAGUAAAAACAUGGUGGCAGCACUUUUCUUCUCUGAGCUCAUCUUUCUGCUGGGCAUCAACCAAGCAGACAACCCGUUUGUAUGCACAGUGAUUGCAAUUCUGCUACAUUUCUUCUACAUGUGCACCUUUGCCUGGAUGUUUCUGGACGGUCUACACAUGUACCGUAUGCUGACGGAAGUACGAGACAUCAACUAUGGUCCCAUGAGGUUCUACUAUAUGAUUGGCUGGGGAGUCCCAGCCUUCAUUACAGGGUUGGCUGUGGGUUUGGAUCCAGAAGGCUAUGGCAACCCUGAUUUCUGCUGGCUGUCUAUGUAUGACACAAUUAUUUGGAGUUUUGCGGGGCCAAUCGCAUUGGCUGUUUCAAUGAAUGUGUUUGUUUCCAUCCUUGCUGCUCGGGCAUCCUGCUCACACAAGCACCAUGGCUUUGAAAAGAAAGGCAGUUCUGUUAAUGGACUGAGAACGGCAUUUUUGAUUCUUUUGCUGGUCACUGUCACUUGGCUGCUGGCUCUUUUGGCAGUAAACAAUGACACUCUCAUCUUCCACUACCUCCUUGCUGGGUUCAGUAGUGCACAGGGUCCAUGUAUUUUUUUCUUCCGAAUUAUUUUCAACAAGGAGGUGCGAAAAGCUUUCAAGUAUGCCUGCAACAGGAAAAAUGCUAGUGAUAUCCAUGGCACAAAAUCAACAGCAUCAUCCUACAACUGUAAUAGUACUUAUGUGGAUGGUCGGCUUUAUCGCCCUCCUUAUGGUGACUCCUCAGGCUCACUGAACAGCACUGUGCGCUCUGGAAAGAGCCACCACAGUUAUAUUCCUUUUGUGGUGCGGGAGGAUUCUGGUCUCAACAACAGCCAAACCCACAUAGGUCUAAAUGACCACAGUGCCGCUUACUUCCAUGAAGACAAAGAACAUCCAGAUGACCAUGACUCUGAUUCUGAUAGCGACUUGUCCCUGGAGGAUGACCAGAGUGGCUCAUAUGCCUCAACCCAUUCUUCAGACAGUGAAGAGGAGGAUCACUUCCCUGCAGACCAGUGUUGGGAGAGUUUGGCAUCACAAAACAAUGAGAGAAUUCCUGCUUUCAGCACACCCAAACUGGAUAAUCUCUCAGGGCAUGUGAAGCCCUAUUGGCCUGGAGAAUUUGUGACAACAGCCAGUGAGAGUGAAGGACAUGGUGGGUCAGAGAAGCUAAAGGUGGAGACGGUACCAAACUCGGACGUCUCCAGGGAAAAGUUGAAUUCCAUAGAAGACCGUGUCAGGGAAAAUGGUGAUGGCAUCUACAAGGAUAAUACAGUAGUCAGUCUGCCCAACCCAAACGCCCAGCCACAGAAAGGCAUCCUUAAAAAGAAAAGCUUACCCACAAUUACAGAGAAAAACAGUAUCAAUCGUAUUCACAAUGAGCUUUCUAAUCACAAGAUAGGAACAGUCUCCUCGCGGGCAUCCUCUUCAAGUGAUGGGAGCAGAGUCCAGAGGACCAAACAGAGUCUCCAGGAGCAGCUCAAUGGGGUGACACCCAUUGCUAUGAGCAUCAAGGCAGGAACAGUGGACGAGGACUCAUCUGGGUCCGACAGCAGCGAUGAGACCUCAAUCUAAGCCUGCGGUCCCUCACCUUGGAAAGACCGUAAGGCUGAAAGGGUGGACCCGGGGAUGUCCGCCACUCACACAAGCUGCCGCUGGCAUGCCAUGUUGACACUGUGCACACACUCAGGCCGGGACACCGAGAAGCUCGAAGAGGUGCAGACGUUCUGAUGAUCGCACUUCAGGAAAAAUUGCAGGCGUUUUCUGUCUGUUUUUGAUCUGUGCCAAAAGAAGCCCAGCUUGAGCUCUGGAGUGGACCCUCACCAUGCCCAAUAGUGGCAUCCUACGCAGAUGCAUACAUACUUGAAUGAACGCACUUUCGUUUUGGUCAACAGGACAGACCUAACACUGCUGAAACCUUAUAUAAAUAAGGUGUGGACUCUAACCACUUGUUUAAUUGAUCCAAGAAUUUCAAUCUUCAGGGAUUUUCUAGAACUGGCACUAACAUGCGUGCUUUGGGGCCUGUGUGGCACUGAGACAAACCUCAUGACACUGAGAAUUCAGCACCCCUCCAGCAUUUACUUGUAAUUGAUGUGAACCUCACAUGGGCUGUGCAUGUUAACUUAGGUACAUCUUACAGAAGGUCAUGUUAAAUACAGUAAAACACAGCUUUGGACAGUAGGAAAUAAGUGGACUGAAGGGAACCUCCCGUCAGCUAGGAUCAAAACCACAAGGAUGGAAGAGAAGUGAAAGUAGGAUGGAAGGGAACCACUCAUAGUGAAAAAGUUAAACAUGGAAACAGAAGGGAGGCAAUAGAGGUCUGAUGGGUAGCCUCCAUCGGAAUUAAAAUAUCAGGGACAUGUAAAGCAUGUGUAACAGAAACACAGCCCCCCUUGGUGUGAAAGAGGACAUGUGGGAGUCUACUUGGACAUGUGAUUAAAUCAGAGCGGGGGGGAGAGAGAGAGAGAGAGAGAGAGAGAGAUGGGCUGAGGCCAAACCUCCAUGAAAUUUAAAAUGCUAGGGAACAUCCCUUGAAUUGGAAAUAGCGGUGAUGCAGAAGGUAGGUACAAGAGGGCGGGGAGGAGCCACUUGACUUGUAAAUUCUAAUGGGACAAAAAGAAAAGUUAACAUUACUUGCAGUUGUGAGAGUACAAAACCAACAGGAUCGCUGGAAAGGAAAACCAAUUUGAGGCCGUCCUCCCUCGGCUAGAAAAGGAAAACUGGUCACUGACGCAUAUGAGAAGGAAGUAUUUGGCCUUGCUGUUUUUUGAAACUUGCCCUCCUCACAUGGCUUUCUUCACAUGCCCAGACCUACUCUGUGGGAAGUGUCUGAGGUUCUCCUCGCAUGCCAGACAGAUGCCUAUGCCAUGUUCCACUCGGCCUGCAACUUCAGGGUUGGGAUAUGCAUAACUGAUCCACGUUGGCCUUAUGUGGAAAAUUGCCUUCAGCCAAUCAGCCUUCAUUUUGUACUUUUUGUGAUGAUUUUCUUCUUCAGUGAUGCCUGUUCAGAGGAAGUAAUAUUUUUACCUUUUAUUUGAAACUUUUUUUAUAAGGAAUCAACUUUUACGUUCAUGUUUUGCCUGAAGGAUCUUUUAUUUAAAUGCUAAUUGGACCUAAUUGCUUGUUCAAUAAUGAUGGAAUUGUUAAUAUUGUAUAAAGGUUGACUUUCUUGUGUAAAAAAAAAAAAAAGUGGCACGAUUGGUGUGGUGGGAAAAAGAAAAACUUUCAGAACUAGGAAAGGGGGGCAACAGUUGAGCAUUUAAGAAGCCUUAUGCUUCCAUUCAGCAGAUAGGGAUUUCAUCAAGUGAAAAAGUAAGUACACCCCAUUGAAACGGUUAUCUUUUUCAACAUAUUGCAAAUGGCAAACAGUAGAUCUUCAUGCAAACUGUUCUUGCAGAUUAAGAUGAUAUACUUAAAUAAAAAUACAAGGAAAGUUUGCCUUUCCAAUAGUUUGCUGAACAAAAAAAAAACAAUAUAUGUAUUGGUCUACUGGGGGACAAAGGAACUUCACCCUUAGCCCCAAAGGAUGGUGUCACCCUCUUUAGCAGAAAUGACGUCCUUAGGCGUUUUGCAUAACUAGUCACAUCAACUCACUGAAAUUUUUGACCGCUCUUCCGUUCCAGGUUCCUUCACUUGCAAUAUGACUGUGGGUUUACUUGCAUGGUAUGCUUGUUUCAAAUCCCCACACAUUUCAAGUGGGUUUCAAAUCAAGACUUUGACUAAGCCAGUCCAUAACCUACCAUUACCUCAUUUUGAGCCAUUCGUUGUUGUGUUGAAAGUUCAAUUUCUGGUUCAGCUUCAGUGUUUGGACAGAUGGCCUUACGUUCUGAUGCAGAAUUUUUUGUUAACUCAAUGACUGCAAGUUGCCCAGGCAAUAAAGCAUCCCAGAACCUUUACACCUCCAUUCUUUACAGAUGCUAUGAAGGUUCUUCUCUUGUAAGGCUGCCGUUGAUGUGCACCAAACAUGUCUACUGUUGCUGUCCAGGGCACAUUGUUCCAUAAGGCCUGGUCUUUGCUUAGAUGUUCAAUGGCAAAUGGUAGUCUUGUUCUAAUGUUCUUCUUGAUACAGCAAAGGCUUUUUCUUGGCACGCUUCCUAUGCAGGUCCAGUUUCUGUCUUUUUGAUUGUAGGUGCAGGCACAUUGACACCAGCUGUUGCAAGAGUUCCCCGCAGAUCCAACAAUGAAAUUUUGGAAGUUCUUGGAAUUUGCUGAGCCAGCUGAAUUUGCUGGGCCAUCCAGUCCUGGACGAAUUAGCAGUCAUUGGAAAUGUUCAAUACUUGUAGAUGAUUUUCCUCACAGUGGAAUGAUUCAUUUCAUAUAAUCUGGCAAUCUUUCUAAAUUCUUUGACACACUCAUAGGCCUCCAAAACCUUCUCUGUGAGGGUCUUAGGGAGCUCUUUUGAUUUUGGCAUGAUGACACCUCAUUUUCAAGGAGAACACCAGACACUCGAUAUCCGUGGUUUAAAUCGGACAGGGUCUACCUGCACACUCCUUAAGGAGGCUCUAAUCAUUGGUACCUCAUCUGGAACACCUGAUUCUGAUUUAAAGGAUCUGAAGUGGUGAUGGAUGUUGGGGUGCGCUUACUUUUUCCACGUGACAGAUCUUCAUUUUAGAUUGAGAAUGAAUACACCAUGUCAGUUUUCUGUGUCAUUUGAUCAAGUAUAUCACCUUUAUCUGUAGGCCCUGUUUGCGUGAUGAUCAGAUCUUUGCCUGUUCAAAUAUGUUGCAAACGUCCCCAAUUUCCAUGGGAGGCUGGUUGUUUUGUGGCUGUCCACACUGGCAUAUGGCGAUGAUGUAGUCCUGAAAGCUUUUUUUUUUUCUUCCUUCACUCGAGACGUUAUCACUAUAAGAUGCUGGACUUUAAAUUUAGUUACUAACUUUUAAUUUUGUACAGACCGAAUCCUGUUGUAUAUAUUUUAGGUUUUUGAACAGAAAGAGAAAUGUGUAGUUUAUCCAGGUAACCAGACCUGACCCUAUCAGAGUUGGCAGAUUAUUUUGCCAGAAUUUUUACCUUUGCUUUCUUUUGGGGAUUCACGAACAAAGAAUUAAAUGGAAUGAACGGAAAUUGCCAAAGCUGAAUGGGUGGGUUUCUAUGCUAAUUUUCAUUUUAGGAUACCUCCUUUUCCUCUACUGCAUGUGAACCCAUUGUCCCUUUUGCUGUGUGUAAAAUGAGCGCGGGCGUCAGUGGUUGGAAACUGAUAAGGCACACAUGUUCGGUUUCUGUCUGCUCGCCUACCAAAGACUUCUGAGCCCUCCAUCAUUACUGGGGAGCCUUCUUGUCCCGUCUGUUCUCUCUGGUGAUUGCUUGCUAUGGCACUAAGACUCACGAGGGCCCCCAGACUGGUUUGUUUUCCAUCUGUAUAUUUUGGACAUUUAGUUCUUAGUUUAGGUUUCAUUUAUUACAAAAGGCCCUUUGCUCUUCAGAAGCUGUUACAGUUUCCUGUUAUUUAUUAAUACUUAGACAAUUAAAAUACAAGCAAUGCAGAUAGCAAAAUAAAUCCAAUUUCUGAGCCUCAA